AUGGUGAAAUCAGGCCAAGAACGAGAAAUCUUGUCAAAGGACAAUCGUCUCAAUGGUAGUGAAGCAAGAACGAAAAAUCAUCUACUUCUUCUAUCACCCCUCCUUUUAAGGACGGGGAGGAGAACCUGUGCUGGAGAUAGGGAGAAUAAGGUUCGUUGCAAGUUUCGAAGGGUAGUGAUCAAGAAAGUGGGGAAGGAGGAGCCGACAAGAUCUAGACUUCUGAUCCUUCGCCGCGUAUUGAAACGGACCCUUCCUCCGGAAUAUCGCCAUGACCUUGAGCAGCUACUUCUUCUCUUUGCAGUGGUGGAUUUCUCGGCUGUGAGGUUGCGUGCGAAGCAACUGCAUGCAUAUGAUGUUCUUGAACCAGCGGCGUUGGUUCAGAGUAAUCAAAGAAUGAUCCCAUCUCUCGAGUAA